AUGGCUCAGAAUGAGAGACUGGUUUCACUCUUUCUGGGCGGAAAUGCGACCGCAUGGCCACACAAGGAAGAUGUCCGAGCGCUGUCCAACGUGAAGGCAUUUGUCUAUGACCUGCCAGAGAACUUCCACCUCAGCAACUUGCAAGACCUUCAGAGGCAGGCGGCGUCUCAAGGCUCCAAUUGCGAUUUCGGGGUGAGCUUGUGCAGCUCACGGUGGGCGAAGACGUUCACGCAUAAGCUCGUCUACGCAUCGGAAGUGGUGUUUCUACAGAAGCUCCUCCGGGCGGUGCCGCUGACGUCGGAUGCCAAGGAGGCAGAUCUUUUUAUCGUGCCCUGGCUGGUGAGGUCACACUGCGCGGUGCGCGAAGUAUGGGAUAGAUGCAUUAUCACAGAACUUGCCCACCUGCUUUGGCACUACCUCCCGCAUUUCAACGAAGCGACCCGAGGGAGACAUCUGUUUUUUGCAAGUGGUGGGCCUCCGAAUAUACCUGCGGAUGUGCAGGCGCAACCCCUGCAGGUGUCUCUGGGGCCUGACUAUUUCCCACCGCAGCGGCCAUUCCUGGUUUCGGGGCGGAUUUUGGUGCCCUACCUUAGCAACGAGCCAUUCCUGCAACCUACUGCGUGGCGAGCCUGGAAGAAGCAGAUGGGCACGCACAAGGAUGUCUGGGUGUGUCUUGCCUUCUCACCGCAGAACAGCCCACGGCGACUGCUGCUGGAAGCCUUCACGCGGGCGCGCGAAGGUGCUGGGAGCUGGCCAGGGCCCAUCGAAGUCAUCGGGUUCUCCAGGCAGACGACCGUCGGCACCCCUACAGAUGGUGGCACAUCACUCCUGGCCCUGCUACAGCUGAUGUCGAGAGCGCAGUUUUGCGUAGUGCCGCCUGGAGACACCUCGAGCAUUGGCAAGCGCUUGUAUGAUGCGAUUCUGACGGAGUGUAUUCCGGUGGUUAUAUCCUUUCCAACCAAGUAUGGGCUUGGAAAGUCAUGGUCGACUUUUGAUGGAGGACCUCUGGAGUGGAGUUUGCCCUUUGCGAAUCAAGGUCUGGACUACGCAAGGCUUGCACUGGAGCUACCCGUCGAAGAAUUGCGACGAGGAACUGCUGUGGAGUACCUAGCGUCUGUUUCGCACACGGUCAUUGAGAGGCGCCUUGCAUACCUUCGAGAAAUACGAAACUUCCUGGUGUUCGACUACAGCGGCCAAACGUUGGAUGCGUUCUCCUUGGCAGUUCGACAGAUUCUGUCGCUGUUGCCUAUUGCGCGAACACGCCCGAUAACUUGUUUGGAGCUUCCCAGGACCAACGAGAGCGGUUGGGACAUGGAGGAGCGCAAGUGGAUGGGCGAAAUCAAUCGGCAGGCCUGGGGACUGUACGAGUGCUACUAUGCGGCUGGUGCAUCUCCUGAGCUCUCUGGGCAGCGCUCUCUCCUACGGAGGCCUCCCGUGAUUUCCGAGGACGUCUCCCCCGCUGGUCCCCUCUGGUCGCCUCGGUCUCGCAAGAGAGGGCCGUCGAUGCAGUGUUCCAGGUGGAGUGAUGCGCCCAACGCGGUCCGCAGGUGCUCUUUGCUCGAGCCGGAGGCGCGAGAGACCAGCAGGGCAAAAGGACGAUGCCUGCCCAUACGCUUAGCCUGCACCAUGGCUGCCGGUGACAUCUCUGCAUCCAUCGGCGAGUUGGUACUGCUGGCCCAAUGCACCAAGUCUGCCAACAUCGAGGAGCAACUCCGGUCAUUGCUCGGAAGCGCGAGGAAUACAUCACGGUGGAGCUUCACAGCCUACAGCGCUGCUUGCAGAGGGCCGGGAGGCCGCAUCUUCCCUCCAAAGAACAUACCCUUCAUGUUCUUUACGCACAUACUGCAGAACUACGAGCUGCGGUCGGGGCUGGUGGCCUUUGUGCUACCCAGCUUUACAUCCACGUUCUAUCAUGACGUGAUGCCUGAAGCGACUCUGGACGACCAGGGGUUGCAAGUCGUCGUGGGAGGAGUGUCCAGGCCCUGCUGGAUGUUUCAGCAGAAUCAAACCGACAAGCCAAGUGUAAGUCUGUGCCACUUGUACCAAAAGAUCUUCGAGCGAAUCUGUGGUGGCGAGGAUGCUUCAGUGAUGCUGAAUGUCAGGCCAACAGCCAUUUUGACAAGCUGGGCCGUGAUACGCCGUGUUCCAAAGCAUCGCUUUGAGCUGGCCCUGCUUCUAGCCAGGUGGGGCGUCCGCGACAUGCACGACGUCAUGGGCCUCUUGGCCGUCCUGCUUCUGCAAGCCGUCAUGCCUCCUGGCCUCGUUCGCGAGGCUCUCCGGGCAGGCUCCAACCCAGGCCUCAGGGACCACGAGCACCUAGAGCUUCUAUCGUACAGCAAUGUAGCGGGUGAAAGGCAAGUUCGUGAGACGCGAGACGAAGAAGAUGAAAGAGAGCGGCAUCUGUGCUGCUAG